GCCGAGCACCAGCGGCGGCACCGCGGCAAGGAGCGGCCGCGGCGCUGCCGCACCUGCGGGGAGACGUUCCGCUUCCGCGGGAACCUGCUGGAGCACCGGCGGCGGCACCUGGGCGAGCGCGUGUACCGCUGCGAGCGCUGCGGCAAGAGCUUCUUCUACCUGGGCUCCAUCGCGCGGCACCUGCGCGGCCACGAGCGCCGCGCCCGCUGCCCGCGCUGCCGCAGGAGCUUC